AUGAGAAAUCAAAGGAAAUCAUAAAGUCCCUUUAGAACUAAUUAAUCUGUAAUGAGAGAUAGCCCAAAUACUUAAUUAGAUGAAUCAAGCAUAUCAACCAAUAGGGUACCCUAAAAUAGGGAAUCAACUAGGGCGAGAAUGAAGAUUAAUUAAUCUCAUAAUAAUGCUCUAGCGUAAGGUGGUUAAAUUAGAAAAUAAAUUGCCAAUGAAAGAACAUCAGCGAAAGGCGGUAAUCCUAAUGAAUUCAACCCAAAGAAAUUUGUGACUAAAGAUCUGAAAGAAUCUGAUAUUAUAGAUAUCAAGCAAGUUUUCGAUUAUUACGAUUCUGAAUAAGCGGGCAUUUUAUCACCAAAUGAUUUGGAGUAACUACUUACAAGUUUUGGAUAUCAUCCAACCAAAGAGACUCUUUAUGAGAUUUUUUCAGAAUUGGAUGAGGACGAAUUAGGAGGAAUCACUUUUGAAUAUUUUCUGUAAAUUCUUAAUCAAGACAAAUCGAAGUCAGAAAGAAAGGAUACAAUCAGAAGAGUUUAUAGGAAAUACGACAAAAACAAUAAAGGUUUCGUAACCCUUCAAGAUUUAAGACAAGUCGUCUACAAAGAUUUGAAAGAAGAAAUCGAUGAAGAAGUCUUAGCAGAAAUCUUUAAAAAAACAGACUCUAAUCAAGAUGGAAAGAUGACAUUUGAAGAUUUCUAUAAUGUAAUGACCAAAAAGGUGUAUUAUUGA